GUCCGUGGAGCGAUAAAUAGGUUUCGCUGUUCUUUAAGUUUUUCUGCGGAUUCUUGAAUUUCACACGUUUCAGUUUUGUUUCCUGGAAUGACAAUUGGUUCAAGGAUGUCUUACGACGCCUCUUACGUGAAGGCUAGAAAGAAGGCUGCUAAACAACUUAAAAACAGUAAUGCACAGCAGCUGGAAAUUGAAACACUGAAAAUGGAAGAAAGGAUACGUGCAUUAAAAGAACAAAUGUUUAAAGAAAAAGAGGAAAGAGAAAAGCAAGGUGGUAUAAGAUGGGCAUCAGGAAAAUCAGGACCACUUAAUAGUCAUGCGCAAGAUGUGCUAAAGAAAAAGAACGCAAAAACUGAUAAAACUCCAAAGAAAAUAAAGAUUCUUGGGGAUGAACCUUUACACUCUUACAAGAAGAAAGUAACUCCAAGAGUCCAGCCACAAGACAACCUGGCCACAUCAGGGUGUGGUCAGUGUGAAAGGACAAAGGCAACUUUGGUCUGCAUUGAAUGUGAGGAAAAGUAUUGUGUUAGCUGCUUUAUGUCAUUCCAUCAAAAGGGGGCUCUCACCAAACACACCACACAAUCGAUUGAACAGGUUUUCCAGCAGCGAUCAGGUCAGAUUUUCACAGAUGAGUGAUUCCAGAGGAAUGGGCGGGGGAGCAUUAUUACAAGGCUCGUACAACGAAGAAGAAAGCGCACAAUCGUUUGCACAGGCUCUCAUGGAAUGGAGAAAUUCCGGAAAGGAAGAGAAAAUGCAAAAGAAUCCGACAAAUGCGAAAAGCAGCUCUUGUGAGACAGGUACUACCCCAGAACCACCUAGGCACCAAGAGGUAAAGGUAAACUUCGGACCAAAUAAGUCAUUAAGUUAUUUUGACCGCAUGCUGCUCAAGAAACACCAAGGCGAUCAAACUUUUGGUGGUCCACAGGCAUCCUUUAAUGGAAUGAAAAGCAACAGUUCAGAACUGUCAUUAAAUUCGAACAGUGAUAGCAAUGAAAGUCCAAAAAGUGAAAACCAGCUGGGAAUGAAUUACAGAGAAAUUUUUCAAAGCCUCGGGGCUUCAGAGAAGAAAACCAGCCAGGAAAACUUCCAAAUGCCUCCCAGAAGUGUGAUUUCUAUUGAAGAAGUGAACGACGCCGAUUUGAGCGGAGAUGAGACUACCGCCUGUAUAGUCGAGGAAGUAGACAUUCACCCCUACCCACAGAGUAGGCCUUUGUCACACGCCGGUAGGGUCAGUGUUAUGUGUAUGACCCCCACGGGGAGAUUCGAAGUUCAUACGGAUGCGCUAGUGUUGGAGGAUGUAUCACCAGUAUCCGCUCCCAGUCCCUCCUUAAGGCAGGCCACGCCCCGUUCAAAGCAGAUCGCGCGUGGUACAAGCUCUCGUCAGGGACUCCACUUAGGAACAAAAUCACGACUUAAUGGGUCGGUAGGUAGAGUGUGGAGUCCUCAGCCCUAUCAUGUUGGUUUGUCGGAGUUUUUUCUCGCUGGUGUUCGGGGUGAAUCGUCUUCGGGGAGAACGUCUCGCGAAAGGAAGACGAUUUUUGACCCAGCAUUAGUGAAACCCGAAAAGUUAAGCAAAACUUUGUUAUCACAACAUGUAUGGAAACCACGGGAAAGCGUCUUUUCUAGUAAUGAUAGUGACACUCCAAAUGAACAACAACAACAAUUAGAGAAAGAUGACGAUAACAAAGCUCGCACAGACAGUCCUCGCCCUAUCAUUCCCCUUUUACGUGCACCAGAGUUGCUGGAUACAAGAAAUGAUAGACCAGAUUCGCAGUCAUCAACGAUAGUUCCACCCUCGGCAAAUGAGUCCGAAUUCACGAAUGAAGCUAAGAUUCACGACUUCGGAAUCGUAGAUUUCCUAAGAGCCCCGCCAUGCUUGCCCAAAGGCUUUGAGGAUUACAGUCAGGUACAUCGCGUAUCCACUGUGUCUCCGCUGACUCUUAGCCCAAACCCUCCGAGUUUUCAUUGGUCGGAUGAUAGCGAUGACGACUUUCUUGCACAGGUUUGCUUCCAAGGAAAUCAAGAUGACCAGAGAGCGGACCAAGACGAGGAUGACCGCGCCACCUUGACUGACUUGGCCUGGGAAUUGGCCUCGACUACAGGGCGGUUGACGCAGUGUGACUUAGACGACGAGGAAGGGGAGGGUGAGGAGGAAUUUGACGAGGACAGUAUUGAGAGUAACGACCUUGGAUCUGGGUUGAGCUCAAGCGAAGAAGACAAUACCGCAGCUGAUAUUCACAGUGCAAAUGUUGACAAUGUAAAAAGCAAAGACGAUAGUACGCGAGCGGAAGAAGAAGUACAUGCCUUGGAGUAAAUCUCGAAGGUUUUGGCUUUUUUUAGUUUUACCCGUGAAGGAAGUAGAUAGAUACCAGAACUGAUGGUGUGACACACUUCUUUAUACUAAUCGAUCAGCUUCUGAAGGAAAAUGAAACUUCGAAGCUUUCGUAACCACCCAAGAUUGACUAGGAGUUACGGUUCUGAUAAAAGGCGCUUUUCGAUUGGGUUCGACCUUCGAUUUUUGCACUAAACCUGUACUCUCGUGAAACAAAAUUAACCAAUCAAAUCGUAGGAAACGAACGCUAAUAGCAGUAAGGACCAUUGCCAGCAAGGGUCACGAUGAAUUUAGAAGGAAUUUGUUGCUCUUUUCCUGUCGUCGUAUUGGUCAGUUUACGUAAUUGACCCCGCUGACGGAACUUGCUCUGUUAAACAGCAACCAGAAUUAACACAUUUCUUUUGAUAGUUAGUUAGGCGACGCGAAUUGCUAAUCUAGCUGAAACAAAACCACAGUUGCCAGGCAUUGCCUUGACACUCAAACUGAACUCGCUCUGUUAAGCUCUUCAGAGAGCUCCCUAUUACCUGUUGAAGUGGCGGAGCAAAAAUAUGAAAGCGUGGGCAACUCUUGGCAGAUUUUAACCCGUUCGAUCCCAUGAUCUCAUUCGUAAUUCUCCUUACUGUCUGCCAUAUGAUUCUUUUGAUACGUAUUUGUGCACGAUACUCGCAGUAAAGAGCA